AUGACUGCUCAGUCGAGCCACACGGACAUGCAACGACUGGCUUCUGCCUUGCGCUGUUCCCAUUAUGCGGUGCUGUAUAUUGACCAUAGUGGACAACUCCGCUCAGAAGGGUCCCCUUCCAUUGCAGGGGGAGAGAGAGAGAUAUUCACAGAGGAGGUGCAGGGGAGAUUCCUGAGGUCUGUGGCCUCAGCAUGGCAGCUGAAUACGAGUCACAUGUCUGGAGAUGAAGCGGCGGCGACUUACUCUUCCUCUUCCUCUUCCUCUUCCUCUUCCUGGCCCCAUCAUCUAACCACAACAAGACCGGCCGGACUCAUACCCUGUGACUUGGUGUCCUUGCGUUUCAAGCGUCCCCGAAGGAGUUCAAGACAGACCGAUCCAGCUUCAGCUCUAGGUUCGACGUCGGAAAAUGAGCAGAGCUCAGAAACAAGAGCAACAAUCCUUCGACUGGGGGACACUGAAACCCUUCGGCACUACUACGAAAGGGCUUUUGACAAAUUCCAACAGCUGAACUGCAGGGUGAUUGCCAAAGCAUUCAUCAAACUAGUAGAGCCCCGCAAGCAGGUCAAUCAUCCGUAUAAUGGCCGACGAACGUCGGCUUCUGCUUCACAGAGGAUGGACCCUGAGCUAACCAAGCCCAACUGGUGGCCGGCUGGGGUGACACAUAAAGAGCCCGACCACCUGUUCAAGCCUGAGCGGAUCAAGUUGCUUGUGCAUAUCCUGUGUAAUCUGAAAGACAGUAAGGGAGUGACAGCCGAAAAACUCCAGGAGGCAGGCCAGGAUGUGAAACGUCAGAUUCAGCCCACGAGGCGGCAAGAUGUCUUGGACGAGAUCUUCUAUGUUCGGAAAAUGGAAGAAUUAUACUUGGACGGAAAGAUCAGUGGUGACACAACAGUGCGCGUCUUUCAUGCUCACCUUGCUGAUCAAUGCCAUGUCCCUGAGUUACAGGAGUCGACAAACGACUCUUGCUCUGCUGUUGAAACUAUCCGCAAGUCUAUCAAUUCCCACGCGACACGAUUCUCUCCAGAUACAGAGAAGAUAGCAGAGGCUGCGGAGCGGAGCCUAGACAGUGAUCAUCCCCAGAGAUUGUUCCAGUCAAGUGACAGAAGCCCAUCGUUAUCAGAGAAGGGCUCGGCAAGCCCAAGUGCUUGCUUCUCUCUCUCUCCGGCGUCAUCUUCUACAGUCAGCCGUGCAGUUUCUCUGGACAACGGUUUGUCAAAAGAACCAGCUGACAUCGGUGGCACCUCAAAGUCAAAUAGAGAUCCUGGUGCGUUUCGAGACAUGCAAUCUACUGUGUCUCAAAGCUUGCCAGAAUAUUUCGCGCAGCAAGUGGCACAUCCGCCCGGUGGGCAGAGUGCCACUUCGAGCUACUGGGCCACCCUUCCAUACAAUGGUUACUGA